UAACAGCGGAGUAAAGUCUGCAGACGCACUGAAAGCUGCCCGCCUCACUCCUACAUCUUUUUACUUCCCUUUCCUUUGGUCAUUUUAGUUAUAACCGAUGUUUCAAUGAACGCUCGAUUUAAUGACCCGCCUUUGGAUGAAGUUGGAGUUUUCUUCUUUCUAACCAAAAACAAUGUGACCAUGUAGAAGUAAGUGGUCGUUUCUUUCCUCCUUGGAUUUCGGAGCACCGUUACUGGUCCAAAGAAGAGGGACUUAAGCAUGGGGAAACUUCAGUCAAAACAUGCGUGCAAGCGCAGAGAAAACCCCGAAGGAGACAGUUUUGUCGUGAACGCCUUCCUCCGGAGAGGGAUGGAGGAAUGUGAGCGCUACUCUGCGGACCACAAGAUGAAGAACAUGCAGGAGUGUCCAAAUGGUGAGCUGAAGGAAAGACAAUUUACAAAUCAGCAUUGUCCCCUAGAGGUGGUUCUUCCUCCGGAGAAGGGGGAGGGAUGUGAAAGUUACCUGCAGUACCUCCACGCAGAGGAUGGAGAGAAGGAGGCUCUCAGAGAUGCCAACAAAGCUGCAGGGAAGAAACGCAUCAGCCUCGACGACCUGGAGUGUGACAUUUCUGUGGAGGAUGACAACCGCCAGGAGUGGAUCUUCACUCUUUAUGACUUUGACAACAGUGGAAAAGUUACAAAAGAGGACAUGUCGAGUUUGAUGCACACCAUCUAUGACGUGGUGGAUGCCUCUGUGAAUCACUCCUGCCAUAACAAGAGCAAGACUCUUCGUGUCAAACUGACCCUAACUCCAGAACCAAGGUGUCACAGAAGGGAAACAGGAGCAGAGCGUUGCCACCAAGAAGAGGGUCGUUCAUCCGACAAGCGGCUGUCAUCAUACAUCAGCAGCAGAGCCCAGGGGGGUGAGCCACCUGCCACCGAGGGUCAGCAUUACUGUGUGGACGAGAACACAGAGAGGAGGAAUCACUACCUGGACCUGGCUGGUAUAGAGAACUACACCUCCAGAUUUGAAGGAACCCCCGCCGUCUUCCCACCUCAAGAGGCUCAUGGUCGCAACUCACAAAGCCAGAGCCGCUCGCGCUCCCAGGAACCAGAAGCCCCAGUUGUUCACCACCGCCGUUCGCAGGUCAUCGGUGAUAACUACAACCCCGCAGAGGUGCGGAGUAAAGGUGCACAGUUCCUCAAAUCCCCGAAAGGAACCUACAAAGGGAGUGGAGGGAAUAAUGGGGGCAGUGGAGGUGGCAAAUCCACUAAAUGCCACGGCUACCACCCUCCUGUGCAAACAAUGCUGCACAGCAACAGCAGUGCAGCCCACGGAGGUCAGGAUGUGUACCACAUGCCACACCAAGGUCAAACUUCCGGCCACCAUCAGCAUCCUUUGCAAUACAGUCACAGUAAACGCCUGAGGGCCAGAGCCCGCGAGACCAUGUCCCCAUCCAAAGCCCCUCUGCCGCCACAGCCCCACCCCCACCCCCAGCAGCAACCCCCAGUUUCCUCUGUAUUGCCGAGCAUGGAGAGAGAGCAGGUGUCUGGCCCUCCUGGGAGCCCGGGGUUUGUGGUUCCUAUGGUGCAACGCCACGAGCAUCACCAUCACCAUGAACACCACCAUCACCACCACUACCACCACUACCACCAGACAUGACAGCCCUCUGUGUGCAGUCUGAAACUGUACAGGACCAACCACAACCAACCACACCAGCGUGAAGAACUUAAAAUCAUCCUAUAGGAAUGUUUCUUACUCUGCUCGGAUCUUUUUAUCCCUCUUUCUCCAAGCUAUACAGGUAUAUCCUGAGAUCAGGUUUACAGAGGCAACAUGUAGCGGGAUGGCAGAUGAUACUGGGUCAAAGGGAUGUCAUUGCGUCAUAACUAAAGUUGUGUGGCACAGCUUUUCAGUGGCUUCUUAGGUUUUCACCGGGAAUGGCUGAGCUCCUUCAACAAGUUCAUUUGAGGCGCUAAUAAAGCGAGGAGUAGAUCGGAUAACUUUUGCCGAGUUAUCCUUUCUCUUCAGAAACUCUUUAAUAAAGUCCUACAAGCUAGCGUGUAUGUCCGAUUAGUUAUGUUAUUUUGUGUGAGACCUUUCCAAACCACGGAUCUCAGGUGUAAAGGUGCUGCUGCUCCCGUGCUUUUCACAGAGGCCUCUCUCUAGGACGGCCGCUGUGGACGGAGGGGUUUCUUAUUUGGGGGGAAAAGUAUAAAAUCACCACUGCCAGUUUAAAUGCAAAAAUAUCUUGCUAUAUGUAUAAAAAAAUCUAUAUAUGUAAACACAUUUUCCUGUAUAAUUAUUAUACCCUAUAUACAUAUUUCAUCAUGGAUAUAAUUAUGCAUAUAUGUAUUUUGUCUUUUUAUAUAUUUUAAUAAACGUUAUAUAGUUCAUUUAUAUUACAGAGAUGUUCUUUUUCAUUUUUAAUAACAUUGUUAAUAAGAAUGUUUCUGCUGCCACCGUGUGGACCCUUUGAACAGAUUUAUUUAUAUUACUUAAAAACAUUGACCAUAAUAGUGAUUAAUGAUUAUUUUAGUUUUUCUAGUUUAUCUCAAUUGAAAUGCUUAAAUUAGACCAUAAAGUAAUUAGGAUCUUUAAAAACUGGAAUUUCCUGUCACCAGAGAUGUUAGGUAGUUUAGGAUGAGACAUUUAAACACAUUGUAAUGUGGUUUUACCCCCCUAAAAAAAAUUGAAUGCCCAACUCACAAAUUUGCAAGAAUAGAUACAGAAGGUAACUUUAUAAACUCAAUUUUGUAAGACAACUCUGAAUCACUGGUUAUAUAAAAUGGCAAAACUGCAAGAAAUGAACUCCUGUUUUUAAAAACUCACAGUUGUUUUAGAUUGUGUUGUCUGAAGCAUAAUUUACAUGCUUCACAAAUGUUUUUAUUCAGGCACCUAUAAUGAAGACGGGUAAUCUGAUACCAACACUGACCUUGCAGUUUGGUGGUGUCUUGUGACUUUUGUUGAUCACAGCUUUGUGUUGCAACACUCUGUUAUCCACUAGAUGGCAGCAUUACAUCACGAUUACAGAAAAAUUGGCAGUGUUAUUAAACACUAGAGUUUACAGGACGUCUUGUGGCCCUGAAUAAAACACAAACACCAGUUUGGACACAAUCUUCUAACUGACUUCCAUUUGUUUUAGGGAGUAUAUCCCUAAUUCCACCCUUAACCAACUCAAGACACAUGCAAACGGGUUUACUUUGAUUCACAUCAAACCUUAAACAGGACCCAGAAUGAAUAUUUAUCCUCCGUCGGACCAGGUUUGGUCACCAUGAAGACCACUUGUCCUGAAUUGGUAUAUGUUUGCCCUGAAACCGCUUCUAAAGAGGUCAUUUAAACAAGUAAACACAUCAGCUGUGAGAUAGUUUUAAUGAAUAAUCAAUAAUGGUUAAAUAAGUAUAGUUUGUUUGUUUUUUAGCUUCCUCAUCAACUUAUGUAUUUGUAUACAAAUAAAGGCCACACAUCUAGAUUUUUUUGUUGUAUAAAGAGCAUUCCUCUACUGUGUAUAAAUAAAGACACAGCAUCUGAGCAGCAUGUAAACAGUUUGUUUUACCAGGAAAACACAAGAACCUACUGACCCUUUGACACAGACUGGAUGCUUUUUGAUCAACAACCAGACAACUAUUACAUCUGGUUUAUUUGCAGCUAAACAUGCUCAAUCUCAAAAUCUCAAAGACACUUCACAAGCUACCAUUUUAAACUUACAUCAAAAAUGUUAACGGUUUGUAGUAUACACAUUAUUAAAAUAACUGAGCUCCAAGAUAUUUUAUGUUUAUUGUGUCAUUUCAACUAACGUUUUUACCACUUAUUAAUCCUGCCAUUUCUCCCCACAACACUUAAACAGGGUUCUGGCAUUGAGGAUGCCAGGCAAUGAAACAUUUCCGUUGUGAUUUACUCCAUAUUCCCUGCAGAUAUCUCAAAGUAU